AUGGAUUCUACGGAUGAGAUUAUCUUUAAUUCCAGUCUUGACUUGUUUGAUGAUAUAGAAGAGCUUCAUGAUGCUGAUGGUGAUAAAAACACUAGAGGUUCACAACCACUGUCUACUGCUGAUAACUCAACAAGUGCAAUACCUAGUGAUUGUAAACCCGCAACAAGUGCAAUAACCAGUGAUUGUAAACCUUUAACAUAUUUUACAGGCAGCAUAUUACCUGACAAUACAAAUACACUACAGGCUUGUAAUUCAGUAUCCCAAGUUUCCUAUGUCGAGCCUAAAGAAAAUGGACUUUCAGAAUACUUUCAGGAAGGAUAUUACAAAGAAUAUUUACAUUCUAGUCCAUUUAAUAAGAUUGAUGGAUCAUCUGAAGAAGAGUCAUUACUUGGGCUUCCUAGUAAAAGACAUAAAAUCUGUGAGUCUGAUGAGGAGUUUGUGGAUGACCGUGAUAUGGUGAUGGAAGGAAGCUGUGAUAAUAUUAGUAUUUUAAAUGUUUCAGACAACUCUCUGCAUAAUUUGAGUGGUGAUUUACCAGGCCAGUCUACAGAAGACAAUGUAGGUACAAGUGCUCAAAGACUCAUUUCCCAAACUGAAUCUUCUAGACUAUCUGAAGCUGUGCCUAUUGGUGGUGACAUUAACUCAGUGAAUGAUCUCAGCAUUAACACUGUUCCUGUGGUUCGGGAAACAUCUGUUAACAGUGAUAAUGCUUUCACUGAUUUUGAUCAAUUAUCAUUUGAUACAAAAAGCAUAAAUAACCAAGAAAAGUCCAGCAUAAAUCCAAAUACUGAAGUUGAAGUUAUAUCACAGAAAUCACCAUCUGUAUGGUCAAAUGUUUCUGAAUUAAUUUGCCCAUUCUGUGACAUACAGCUAGACAAUCUAUGGCUUAUGAACAGUCAUAUAGAGAACUUGCAUUCUGACACUUUUAAUGGGGAAGCGGCUGCAUUGAAUCAUACUUUCCUGUUUGUGUGCCCAUUCUGUGACCUUGACCUUGGAGACAUUUCUGCCUUAGAUUUACAUCUUCUAGCUGCCCACGGUGAGGAACAGGAGCCGCUGCAGGCUGGUGUAACAUGCCCACUUUGCGGUGUCCUUUGUCAUUCAGAGGAUGAUCUGAAGCUGCACAUUAAAACACAUGCUACUGAUGAAACAGUGUACGGAGUCAGUGAAGUUGACCAGGAGGUGGUCUUUCCAGCUACUUCGUCUCACCCUCUAAUGAGAUGUCCAGUGUGUUCGCUGGAGAUGGCAGAUGGGGACCUACUCGCCUCACAUGUUGAAAGCCACUUCAACCCUCACCACAGACCUGGAUUUGACAAUGAAUUAGGCAGCAAACAAGGGGCCAUGCAGGAAAAUAUACCUGUGGAAAAGGUACCACCAAAACAGAAGUCGUCCAGCAAUCAAAGUGUUCCAUCAACCAGUCAAGGAAACUGGAAGUCGUCAAAUGGCAAAGGAAGCAUCAGCUACAAGCAACAGUAUGAGCAAAAUUUGGAGAGGGCAGUAGUUGGAGGCAAAAUGACAGUGACUGAUUUCCAUGAGCAAAAGCUUUUGAUGGCUGAAACUGAGUGUUUGGGUGUGGAUAAUGGAAGCACAAGAACGCAGGGCGUCAUAGAAAAACUGGAGUACUUAUACAGAAAUCAAGCCCGUCCUGGCCAGGCAGCUUAUUUGUGUUCUCCUGUGGACCACUUCGCUGGCUCCUAUGGAGACAAAGGUUGGGGAUGUGGCUACAGGAACUUUCAGAUGAUGCUUUCGUGUCUGUCAAGGCAUCCAGAUUAUGCUAGGAAACUGUUCGCAGGUGAAAACAUCUCAAUUCCUUCCAUUCCCAAAAUCCAACAGAUGAUUGAGCUGGCGUGGAAGAAAGGAUUUGAUCCUCCUGGUUGCAGGCAGUUGGGAGGCCACUUAGUCAAUACUAGCAAGUGGAUUGGGGCCACAGAGAUCGUUGCCACACUUUCCUCUCUGGGUAUUAGAUGCCAUCUUGCUGACUUCCAUGCCCCUUCAUCUUCAGACGGGACACAUCCUCGGCUUUUGGAAUGGGUCAGGAGCUAUUUCUGCAGACGUCAGCAGGAAUUUUUACCACCUCUUUACUUACAACAUCAAGGUCAUAGUCGCACAGUCAUUGGGGUGGAGGUGGAACGUGGGACAACCAAACUACUUUUGUUCGAUCCUGGGACACCAAGUGACCAAAUGGCUUCUGUGGCAAGGGGUCAGCUGACAUGGAAACACAUGAGAAUAUUCCGUCGCACACAGUCGGGGUUCAAGUCCAGGCAGUAUCAAAUUGUAGCCGUCACAGGAUUGCUGACAGAUGCAGAGUAUCAGGAAAGCAAGACAUUGAAGUCCGAACAAGUCUCGUGA